AGAAGCAACAUGGCCAAAAUCGCACUCAUAACUGUCUCGUUUCUCCUCGCGCUGGCACUGUCAGCCGCGGCGCCAGCUGAGAAGGCCCCAGUCGAGGAAAAGCAAGACCUCAUAGCCCCAGCUGAGGCUAAAGAAGACUUAGUAGCGGAAAAGGACGACUUAAAACCCGCGGCUUCUCAUUGGGGAGGCGGUUGGGGCUACGGAGGGCAUUGGGGCGGACACUGGGGCGGCCAUUACCCGUAUUACAGUAGUUACUGGGGCUACCCAGGUUGGGGCUAUGGGGGUUAUGGCGGCUACGGCGGCUAUGGAGGCUACGGAGGCUAUGGCUGGCCAUAUUACGGCGGGUGGGGCGGCUACGGCGGGUACUGGUGGUAA